GCACGUCGGUAAUCCGCCACGUGUCCGCCCCUUAUACGUGGCGGAGCAACCCGGUCCCUUCUGGGAUCCGUUGGAAUGAAGCAAGACCCACACUGUGUCCACAUUCAUUCUCCGCUCCCUUAAGUCUCUUUUGCCUCCUCUUCCUCUGCCUUCUUCCCCGGAGGAAAAGCUCAGAAAACACUUCGCCUUUUUCCCUCCACAGCUCACCAGUUUUUUGCAGCCGUUUACAUAUCUCUCAACUCUGCCAUUCUCGCCUUUUCUUCUGCUGUACCCUGUUUUCUUUCUUCUCGAUGCAAGAGGAGACGAUGAGCCAUCAGAGGGUUCUUCUGAAAGCGCCUGAGAUGCAGCAUCUCAGCUCAGACGCUGCUCCGUAUCACGUCGUUCACAAGCUUCCGCCUGGCGACGGCCCUUACGUUCGAGCUAAGCACGUUCAGCUAGUAGAGAAGGACCCAGAAGCCGCAGUUCAGUGGUUCUUGAAAGCGAUCAGCGCAGGAGAUAGAGUCGACAGUGCCCUCAAAGACAUGGCACUGGUGAUGAAGCAGCAAGAUAGAGCCGAAGUAGCUAUUGAAGCGAUAAGGCGGUUUAGGCAUCUCUGCUCCAAGCAAGCUCAAGAGUCACUUGACAAUGUCCUCAUUGACCUUUACAAGAAAUGUGGAAGGAUGGAGGAGCAGAUUGAGCUGUUGAAGCAGAAGCUUCGGAUGAUUUACCAUGGAGAAGCGUUUAAUGGCAAGCCGACUAAGACAGCUCGCUCUCAUGGGAGGAAGUUCCAGGUCACAGUCAAGCAGGAGACUUCUCGGAUACUGGGGAACUUGGGUUGGGCAUAUAUGCAGCUUGGUAAUUACUCAGCUGCAGAAGUAGUGUACCGUAAAGCUCAGGUAAUCGACCCCGAUGCCAAUAAGGCCUGCAACUUAAGCACGUGCCUAAUGAAGCAAAUGCGAUUCGCUGAAGCACGCUCGGUGCUCGAUGAUGUAGUACGUGGCAAGCUUCUUGGACACGACGAUCCCAAGUCGAGAAACCGUGUGGAGGAGCUACUCCAAGAAAUGGAGGAAAUGUGCCAAUCACCAUCCGCCUCGCCUACCCCUAUUGGAUCGAGCUUAGAAGAUGCAUUCGCCGAGGGACUAGACCAGUUGAUGGGGCAAUGGACACCAUACAGAUCUAGGAGACUCCCCAUUUUCGAAGAGAUCUCCCCAGUCAGAGAUCAGUUAGCCUGCUGAUCUAUACACAUACAUACUCUUUGCCUCUUUCGUUUUGGGGUACCCUUGGCGCAACUUUAUCAAUCCCUUUUUGAUAAAAGCUGUACAGAGACGGUAACUGGGGGAUGUUUGUACGACCGUUUUGAUGUGUGUCUCGUUCCAAUUUUAUCGGAUGUGUGUGGAGGAAUAGAAAGCAUAGAACUUCAGUGUUGGUG